GCCUACUUGUUGCACAGUAAGGCGUGUUCAAUGAAUAUUUUACCCAGAACCUAAAGACAAUUGGCUCCAAAGUUCAAGGGUAGGCUAAAACAUUUCCAUGCGCCCAGAACACAGAAGUGAAGCGUAAGAAGACGAGUGAAAGGAGUGUCAUUCAUUUGUUGAUCUGACAAAACAAAAAGCCAAUUAAUGACAUUCUACAGAAAUAAGAACUAAGAAAAGAUAAAGAGACACCAUGGCAGAGGGCAAUAGUCCAAAGGGAGGUGCAGUGGUCUUUGCCAAACGAGUCCAAAGGCAGCUGAGCAGAGGCAAGGAGAAGGUCCUGCAAAAACUAGGAAAGACAGUGGAGACCAAAGAUGAAGAAUUUGACAAAUGCCUCCAAAAUUUUAAUGAUCAACAGAGUGAUGGGCACAGGUUGUUCAAGGACCUAAAGGUCUACAUUAACACUGUCAAUGAAAUGCGGGAAGCUUCAAAACGGCUUUCCCAGUCUCUGUUUGACGUUUAUGAAAGUGACUGGGAAGGAGAAGAAGAUUUAGGAGCAAUAGUAGAGGGUGAGGACCUCCUAUGGAAUGACUAUGAGACAAAGCUGGUAGACCAGGCCCUCCGUACUAUGGAGUCUUAUAUGAGCCAGUUUCCAGAUGUCAGGGAAAGGGUGGCUAAACGAGGCAGGAAAUUGGUGGACUAUGAUUCUUCCCGUCACCACUUGGAGGCGCUACAGACUGCUAAAAAGAGGGAUGAUACCAAAAUUUCCAAGGCAGAUGAUGAAGUGAACAUUGCUCAGAAUGUCUUUGAAGGAAUCAACAGAGAACUGAGAGAUGAGCUCCCUGUCCUCUUUGACAGCCGCAUUGGAUGCUAUGUGUCAGUCUUUAUGGCAGUUUCAAAUCUAAGGGAUAUUUUCUUCAAAGAAAUGAGCACGCUCAACAAAGAUUUACAGAGUGUGAUAAAAGAUCUACAGGCUCAACAUCCAGACAAGGUGUUUGUUGUUAAAGGAUUGCAACGAACUGGCUCUUUGAAAAGACGCUCACUUAUGUCUCCCAAGGCAUGGAAGUCCAGCUUUUCUGACUUCCAUUCAAGCUAUAGUCCUAAACCAAGCCAUUCUAGUCGAGAGGUAAGGUCCAGCUUAAGGUCCCCUGAUAGGCUACACUAUGACGAGACACAAAGCAGCACCCUUUCAGUCUCCCCUCAGUCCCAGCCCGUGGAGGAACCUGCCAUAGAGGUCAGGGGACUGGACGCAGCCUCCACCCGUAGUGAUGGUUCCCCGGGAGAGGAGAAGUCGGAGCCUGGUGGGAAUGAUCCCCUCUCAGAGGCCACCGGGGGUGGCCAUGAUUUAGAGGUAGAGGAGAAGAACCUGGGGAAGGAAGAACAGGGAGUGAAGGAGGAUGAGCCUAAGCCAUCUUCAGAUCAACAUUAUGUUGUCUCAGAUAAGAAAACAGAAGGUGAACGCCCACCUCUGACAGAGAAUUAUCCCCAAGUUAUUAACCACGAGUCUGAGAGCUUGGAGCGCCAGCAUUCUGGAGCAAACCUUCCCAAACUGCACAUUGAAGAGACCUCGGAGAACCCUGUUGCCCCUGGGCUGCCAGAAGCCAAUGGUUUGAAGAAUGGUGAGGUCUCUGACAGCCUUGACCAUGACCUCAAUGGUUCUGCAUGCAUCCAAAAGGGUGACAGAACAACAGAAGUCUAAGAGAUAUGGUUUGUGCACAGUGCCUUGUGCCAUCUGAACAAGAGGUUCAUGAAAUGUUUGAUCUAAUUUCAAUUUUAAAAACGUAGAUUAUUAUAAUUUUACUUUAACUAAAUCUGUAUAGUGUUUAGCUAUCAUAAUUCUUUAGGCAACAUCGUUCACAAUGCCACAUGUAAUAGCUUUGCUGUAUUUAUCCUGUUCACAGUGCUAGCUUUAAGUUAAAUUAUCAAGACUGAGGUCAUGAUGAGAUGGCAAAGGGCUAUUGAAGCAAGAUCAUUAAAUCUGUGCCAAAUGUCUUGCUGUGGGAAAAUAAUUGUCAUUGUCCAUUAAUGUAAUGUUCUUAAUUGGAUAAUUAUGUAUUUCAGAAAUAAUUUGUACUAUUGCUGUGCACAAGCUUGUGCCAAUGUAUCUCUACAAUUGAAAAUGGUUCUUAUAUAGGCUACCAAAGGUUGGAGAAGUAAUCAUAUCCAGUUAUCUAAUCAUUUAUGACAAUUUACUUUUAGAAAAUUGAUUUCCCCUGUUCCUUUAAAAUGUGUUAACAAUGAUGAAGAUGUUUGAAUAUUGAUUCAGAAUAUAGUUUGAGUAUAGUGAACAUUGCAGUGUCAUUUUUUCGACAGAAUUGAUGAUUAAAGGCACAAAACGCC